AUGUCCUCUGAAUCUGCCCCACCUACCAGUACUACUGCCAUCAUCCCUCAGGGUACCGAACCAGCUGUGCCCGCGCCCUCAUCCCGGGAAGGAAUCGUCAAAAAACUCGAGAAGAAGGGAGCUCGGUUUGGACUCGAGUACGACAUGUUCCGAUCUGUACAAGCGAUCAUUGAUGCUGGCCGUGCUCGCGAUCCCGAGGCUCCAUCUAGCGUAUACACAUCUUGGGAGCAGAAGCUUCACAAGCUCUAUGACAGUCUGACUGCCAUUGCCCCCGAACUGCGCGACGAGCUAACAAUUCGUGGACCUACUGGUUCGCCAGAGGUCGCCGAGAUGAUCGAACGUGGGCGCACCCGCGAUCGGAACAACAUCGUCAACACCUGUAAGGGGGGUAUACGCGAUUGGAUCACUUUCAAUCCACCACUUCCCACAGAGAAGCAAUUCCGUGGCUUCAGCUGCGAGUCCACAGGCCAGCUCCUCUGUCCUGUGAUGUACGACUACGGCGAUGCACGAGUUCGUGUGGCACUUCUCGAAUAUCAUGCCGAUUAUCCGCAAGGCGCAGACGACUACCCGGCUUUUCUGUGGCGUGACAACACUGCAGACAAGACGAAUUUCUUCAGAGGCUUUUGCGAAGGGUUGCUGAUUUGUAAGGGACUGCAACAUAUCCUUGUCGCCCCGUCUGUUGCUAAGUCGAACGACGGUGUCACAUCGCGCUCGAACCGUAAGGGCCGCGCUCAGAUCCAUGGCAUCCGCACUGUCACCCCUGCAAUGAUUGCCUACAUCGCGUGCAUUGUUCAUUUCUCUCUUUCGUCACAGGUCACAUUCGGCGCCGGCUCCGAAGACGAACGAGGCAAGUUUUGGUACGAAGGAUUCUAUAAUUCCCUUAUACGAACUAUCGAAGACGUCAUGCCCGAGGAGCUCAGGACGGCACUUCUCUCAUUCCAUUCGAUCCGGGUCUUGUCUGCAAUCCAAGCAGAUGCGGCUACUUCUGGUACACGUCGUAUCAACAGUGUCGCGCACCACAUGGCCCUUGCUCAAGCCUCGACAUCGUCGGAUGUGCCUUCGGUCUGA